AUGCCCAUUUUCGAAGCAGAAGGCCAAAAGGUUACAGCUCUGUGGGAGCAGCUUGACUUGCGACCGAGCUCUUUGCGACGAGUGACUCUGCGUCAAGGGUCAAAAAACCAAAAGUCACAGACGCUUCGCCUGGCCCUGCCCACCAUGAUCCCCACACCAGCACGCCGGCGCUUAAACCUCGACCAAUCCGCUGCCUCCCCGCCGACCGUUGGUGAUGGUCCUGACGGGAACCGGGACACCGCGGAACCCCUGUCAUUCCCGCCCUCAAACCAAUCAAGACCCCGGCCAUUCUGA